CCUUUCUCCCUCAUACAUUUCCUGCCUCCCCAAACUCUUUCUCUCUCGUAAUUUCCAGAUCUCCAUUGUUGAAAUUCCAAAGCUUCUCUGUCUCUCCUUCAGAAUCAGUAUCGAGCUUUCCCUUCAAAGUCUCCUCUCACCAAAUCAUCCCAAUAUCUCAAAUUUGUUUUAAAAUUCAAGCUUAGCGAAUACGAAGGAGGCAAACCCAGAUUUGAAAGCGAUGACGUCUUCAGCCGGAUUUCAAGCCGCAUUCUCUGCAAACUCCAGCUCUGAGGUGGAUGACUCGGCGGCGACUCAUCUGGGUGCGGUGGAAGUGGGGCUGAGUUUUUGGGGAAUCUGUUGAGUCGACUCAGACCGAGUUGGUCCCGAGUUACACCGCCAUAACAACGCCGAAGUGUUGGUGCUGGAGUUUCGGUUUUUAUCGCCACCGACCUUGAAUACCUUGUUUCGAUCUAAAGGCAACCCUGCAGUAGAAGCAAGAACUUAAUAGACACACAUAUGCCACAUAUAUGACAGAAAAAACAACUAAUUUAGUCUUUUGGAACCUUGAAGAAAUCUUCGCUGACAUCUUACAGUCUGAACUCAGCCCAUAGAACAGUAGAGGAUGUAGAACUUGGACCAGACUGGGACCAGAAAGCCAACAGCCUGCUGCGUAAACAUUUUGGGUACUCCGGGUUGAAAAGUUUUCAAAUGGAAGCUCUUGGUGCUUGGUUUUCUCAGCAAGACUGUCUUGUUCUUGCAGCAACAUGGUCUGGGAAAUCUCUGUGCUUUCAGCUACCUGCGCUUUUGACAAGGAAGGUCGUGGUCGUGAUUUCUCCAUUGAUAAGCUUGAUGCAUGACCAGUGCUUAAAGCUAUCAAAACAUGGCAUCUCUGCAUGUUUCCUUGGAUCAGGACAACCAGAUAACACCGUUGAGAAGAAAGCAAUGAACGGCAUGUAUUCCGUUGUAUACGUUUGCCUCGAAACACUGCUUAGCUUUCACUGUCUGAUGAGGUGUAUAAUGCAUACUAAUAAGUCCACUUCAGAGGCUUGCGGAGAACCGUGGAAUAGCUUUAUUUGCCAUCGAUGAAGUACAUUGUGUUUCAAAAUGGGGACAUGACUUUAGACCUGAU